AUGUCGCUCUCAGCAGCUCCCCGAUCAACUACAACAACAACAAAAACAACAACAACUUCGGCGGACCCAGCUUCGCCUCCAAACAUCACCCCGCACCGAAGGCUUUCGCGUAAAAGAAUCCCUUCACCUCCUCGUAAUGUCACCGAUUUUGCUGCCUUUGAGAGCUCCCGUGUGCCACAGCUUUCGCUACACACUUACCCGAGCACAAGCUCAUUAGCUGACCUCUAUGCUUCUCAUGGACGAAUGACACCAAGUAGACGCUCUCCAAUUCUCACUGCCGUUAUUCCGGCUUCGCAAGCCAAUAUCAAUCUCCCACCAACACCACCAUCAGGAAGUGGGGGGGAAGGUGAUGACGAUGAGGGUGGCGUGCCACUGUCUCUUGAUUUCGAUGGAGUCUUUGGGACGUCCCCAAGGAAUCGUAGGGUAUUGAGAAGAGUCAAGGCCAACAUUCAUGAGGUCUCCCCAUCACAGUCCGGUUCAGCCCCCAUGUCAGCUGCGUCUGAUUCUACCACCACUCUAAGCUCGCCGCCAACACCGCCGAAGGAACAAGCCAUAAUGGCUUUGCACCAUCCUAGACCUCUAUCAAAGAGUCCGAAGAGCGCCUAUUUCCAAGAUAGUUUACUUGUAGCUACACAAAUGCAACAAGCCAUGGAAAGUGGUAUAGAUGCAUACCAUCGUGGAGUUGGUGUGAGUGGAGAUUAUCACACUGUGGAUCAACCUGAUCCGCGCUUUGAAAGUGAUGAAAGGGACGAGGAGCCAUUUGAGGUUAGGAGGGCAGAAUCAAUCAAAGUUACUAAGGCAGAAUCAAUCAAGGUCAGAAAAGUCGAGGAGCUGGAGAUGAAGAGGGCAGAGGAAAUCGAGGCUGGGGCUGGAAAGGUCAGCACAACGCCGGAUUCAAUUGAGCCCAGCAAAAUCGAAAAGGAAGAACCAUCACAGCAACCAUCCAGUCAUAGCCGUAGCUUGGAGCCCGGAGAGCAACUACGGUUGACAGUAUCGACACCCAUGCUAGAGGCCGUUGUCUUUUCUGAAUCAGAAUUCGAUACAGCUACGGAAGGAGAUGAGGAUGACGAUUAUGCAUAUGGUGGAUCAGAUGCAGGAACUAUAGUUAUAAAGCUCCAAACAACUGUCCAGGAACAGAAAUUGCGGGAAGAGGAGGAAGUUAGAAGACAAGAGGAUGCUACCAAAAGACAAGAGGCAGAGGAGGCCAACCGCCGAAAAGAGGAAGCCAACAGGCUAGAAGAAAUUGCUAGACAGGAGGAGCUUGCUAGACAAGAGGCGGAAAACAAUGCGGAUGAAAGUGAAGACGAAGAGCUAGCUCAGCAUCCGAUCAUUGGCAAAGAAGGACGGAAGCCUACACCCUGGCCAACCCCCCGGGUCAAUUCCUAUGCGUCAUCUUUAGACAUAGAUAGAAGAGCUGAAACGGGCUCCCCGCUUAGUGAGGACGGGGAUCUGGAGUUUCACGAUGCUCUAUCAUCUCCUCUUGCUUCUCCUAUAAUCACUCCUCGUGAAGAGGAACUGGCACUGCCAAAUCUGACACCCCAGGUCACACCUAAAAAAAAGAGUGAAUUCGUGAUCUCGUUUGGUCCCACACCAACACGCUCCAACCCUGGGGAUCCAUCACCAUCGACCAACUCAGUACUUCCGCAACCCCCCCAGAAUCCACCUCCACCUGGACCGCCGGUAUUAAAUAUCAUUCCUGCAACCCCCAUGCCACUCAUGUCGCCUAGUGCCAUGCAGGAGAAGCAGCUAGGCCACUCAUUGCCGCUUCUGGAGCGAAGAUCAACAGAAAUUCCUACAGUCAUCACUACCUCACCGACUCUUCCUCUUGCGGCCCCGCUUGUACCACCAAGACUUAAGAAAGCUCAACGUCCAUCGCUACUUUCCCAGCCCAAACGUAUGCGGGAAUCCAAAUUGCACCCAUGGUGGCGCCCUCGACUUGAGAAUGGUGAGGAUGAAGGAUUGUCUCGAUCAUUCACUACGCAAACACAGGCUUCUGAGUACUCGGUUUCCAACAGUGGUGUGCCCGGGAAGCCUGAUGGGAAACGUGGGGGAAGAGUUACGAAGAAGAUUAAGGGAACAAAAUUUCAAAUUGAAUUUAUUGGCCUAGGGACUCUGAGGGAAAAGGUUAAAGUUGCUGGAGAGAAAACCAGUGGGUUGGGGAGAAGAAUGUCCUUGAGGAAAAAGGCGUAG